CGCAGGGGUUCCCGCGCCUGUCCGCCCCUCCCGAGCCGUCUCCAUCGCGUGUCCUCUUGGCCUGUUUCCACUCUUCACCACCCACGAGCCUCGCUCCCCGCGUGGCCCCCGCGCACCAGGACCCCGCACGUGGACUCGCCCCGUCCGGGUUCCCGGGAGCGCAGCACCUGUCUUCUCUUCCCCACACUUCCUUCUCCAGCGCCCUCACUUCUCCCGGUAGCCCGCACCUGCCCCAGCCGGGUUAAUAGGUGCUUCGAGCAGCAACAAGUGGCGGGGACCGGGUUUCAAGCAGCGGGCGCGCAGCAGGUCAGGGAGGAAGCUGAGGCGGGAGAGUGCGAUGCCAGCUCCAGGCCCAGCCCGAGGAGGCGGCGGCCGCGCGCGGGGCUCUGAACGCCCACAUUCGAGCUCGUUCUGUCCUGAGCACGGCACCGUGCCCCGCGGCGUCCGGCCCCUUUGGGACGCGGCGCGCGAGCAGGACCCCGGCCCGAGGCCGUCUCAUCUCGGCCACCCCGGCCCAGGACGGUCGGGUGCGAGCGUCGCAUGCGGCUUGGACCAGGGAUUUGGCGGGGACGAGCCCCGUGCUUCCCCGGGUCUCGCAGGGGCUCCGGCGACCCCGACCUGCAGACCCCGACUCGCUCCAAGUGCACCCCCGCGGCUGCCCUGCGCCGCCGGGUCCCGGCCCUGCCCAACCUCUGUCGCCGCCGGUCCCUCCGCGUCCUGCCCGACUCCAGGCCUUACCUCGCCGGGACCCGAGUUCAAGGGCAGAAACAGCGCGAGUUUGUCUCUUAGUUUUCUAUAUUGGAGGAUCAAACUCAAGUUCAGGGCAGAGCAAAGCAGGCAGAGACGAACCGAUAGGUGUGCUUUCCCUACAACCGACGGACUUUCUCAGAAAGUAACAGGAUGCUGUAUUUCUUUCACCCAAAUUCAUUCAUUCAGCCAGCAUAUAUUUCUGGGCCCUUCCUAGCUGGGAGAUGCUGGGGGGGCCA